GGGAGGCGCUGGAGGGAAGGCCGUGACUGCUCCCGCGACUCCUGCUCCCGCCGCGCCGGCUCCACGCCCCGCAGGAGCGCUCCCAGCCCCGCGGCCGGGCAAGAGGCAGAGAACCGCGCCGCUCCUGCCCUGUGGGAAGAGCCUGACCGCCUCCCGCACCUCUCCCCCGACUGGUUUGUUCCUCGCCUGCCGCCGGCUCAGGGACAGCCAGAGAAACAAGGACUACAAACGCGCAGCGCGGCAGCGAGAGAAUCCCCCACCCUCUCCCUUCACUUUGUUCUCGCGAUACUCAUCUGGCUUCUCCCUUAGUGCCUGGCAGGCCGCUGCUGGAGUUCUCGCGAGUCUUGGGCAGAUUCCCACGCCUGCUGCCGCUGUUGUGUCUAAGGGGAGAACCCGGGAAUGAGGGGGCGGCGCGCUCCCCCAUUCUCUCCCCUUCGCGACCGCGUGUGUGUUUCACGGGCCCGCGCACGCGCGCGCUCGGCCAGGGGAGGAGGAGACAGUUCUCGCGAGAGUAGGAGUUUUGGCGAGAGUUUGUGGAAGAUGGCGCCUGUUGUGACAGGGAAAUUUGGUGAGCGACCUCAACCUAAACGUCUUACCAGGGAAGCUAUGCGGAAUUAUCUAAAGGAGCGGGGUGAUCAAACAGUACUAAUUCUCCAUGCAAAAGUUGCACAGAAGUCCUAUGGAAAUGAAAAAAGGUUUUUUUGUCCCCCUCCAUGUGUGUACCUUAUGGGCAGUGGAUGGAAGAAAAAAAAAGAACAAAUGGAACGGGAUGGUUGCUCUGAACAAGAGUCACAACCAUGUGCUUUCAUUGGAAUAGGAAACAGCGACCAAGAAAUGCAACAGCUGAAUUUGGAAGGAAAGAACUAUUGCACAGCCAAAACAUUAUACAUCUCUGACUCAGACAAGAGAAAGCACUUCAUGUUAUCAGUAAAAAUGUUCUAUGGCAAUAGUGACGACAUCGGUGUGUUCCUCAGUAAACGGAUCAAAGUCAUCUCCAAACCUUCUAAAAAGAAACAGUCACUGAAAAAUGCAGACUUAUGUAUUGCGUCAGGAACAAAAGUGGCACUAUUUAAUAGACUUCGAUCCCAAACAGUUAGCACCAGAUACUUGCACGUAGAAGGAGGUAAUUUCCAUGCCAGUUCACAACAGUGGGGAGCAUUUUACAUUCAUCUCUUGGAUGAUGAUGAAUCAGAGGGAGAGGAAUUCACAGUGCGAGAUGGCUACAUUCAUUAUGGACAGACUGUCAAACUUGUGUGUUCAGUUACUGGCAUGGCACUCCCAAGACUGAUCAUUCGAAAAGUGGAUAAACAGACAGCGUUACUGGAUGCAGAUGAUCCAGUAUCGCAGCUCCAUAAAUGUGCAUUCUACCUUAAAGAUACUGAAAGAAUGUACUUGUGCCUUUCCCAGGAGAGAAUAAUCCAGUUUCAAGCCACUCCAUGCCCAAAAGAACCAAAUAAAGAGAUGAUUAAUGAUGGAGCUUCUUGGACAAUCAUUAGUACAGAUAAGGCAGAAUAUACAUUUUAUGAGGGGAUGGGACCAGUCCAUGCUCCAGUAACACCUGUGCCUGUUGUAGAAAGUCUUCAAUUAAAUGGUGGUGGAGAUGUAGCAAUGCUGGAACUUACAGGUCAGAAUUUCACUCCAAAUUUACGUGUCUGGUUUGGGGACGUGGAAGCUGAAACCAUGUACAGAUGUGCAGAAAGUAUGCUGUGUGUUGUUCCAGACAUUUCUGCAUUCCGAGAGGGUUGGAGGUGGGUCCGUCAGCCAGUCCAGGUUCCAGUAACUUUGGUCCGUAAUGAUGGCAUAAUCUACUCCACUAGCCUUACCUUUACAUAUACACCGGAGCCAGGCCCACGACCACACUGCAGUGCUGCGGGAGCAAUUCUCAGAGCCAACUCAAGCCUCAUGGCUUCCAGUGAAACAAAUACAAACAGCGAGGGAAGUUACACAAAUGUCAGCACAAAUCCAACCAAUGUCACAUCAUCUACAGCAACAGUAGUUUCCUAACUACAGUGUUUGCUUGGACUUUAACAGACUUUCAAGUGCUACAGACAAGACAACUGAACAAUUUUGUGGUUUCAUGGGAAAACACCUUUCCAUUCUAAGUGAUAUUAUUUGAACCUUGUUACCUGCAAGUGCUGAUCUUAAAAAUAGAAGCCACAAUAAAAAAAAAUCCAAAAUGUAUAAACUUUAUUAAAAUCUAUUUUUCAGCUAUUUUUUUUUUUUAAAUGGGCAAGAAAUUGAAAUGUGGCUGGGAUACAAGUUAAGCAAACUAGAAAACAUGAACGUGACAUAAUUUUUACGGACCAAGGAACUUGUAUAAGCUUUAGUAUAAAAGGUACAUUUUCACCAUACCUUUUUUGUAUCACAACAUAUAGUACACUUUUGUUACCAAAUAGUUUCUAUUUUUUUUCCUCUGAGCUUUUGCUCUGAAGUAUAUUCAGGUUCCAAGCCUGACCAUGCUUGUAUAAUCUAAUUACCAUACUCUUCCAGUUUUAAAAAAUAUAUAUAUUUUUGGUCUGUGGCUGGAACUGUUCCUUUUUUUAAACUGAAGUCUUAUGACUUUUUAUGAACUGAAAUUGUUUUUAUUUCAGCAAGUAGAACCUUGUAAAGGCCAGCAUAUUUUUUUUUAAGAUUAUAUGAAGUCUGUGCAAAAGCUUUAAAAUAAAAUGCCUCUGCCUUGCCUGCAAUACAUGCAAUGUAUGUUAA